GACGUCAGGUCGUUUAAUCCGGAAACGGCGGCGACGGUAGAGGCGACAGAACUGAGGGGCUGUGGUUGGUGGGCGGCACGCUGUCAGAGCGAGAGUAGCGUGACCCGGAAGCGGAAGCAGGCCCCCGUCACGGCUCCGGCCUUCUGCCUGUGCCACACACACAGUGACCCUGCCUCUGCCUCUUCCCCUCUUUCUGGAUCCCCCGCUGCCCCACAUCUAGGCUUCGCAUUUAUCGCGAGCCCGCUAGCAGGCUUCUGCCUCCAUGGACCUGUUGUUUGGGCGCCGGAAGACGCCAGAAGAGCUGCUGCGGCAGAACCAGCGGGCCCUGAACCGCGCCAUGCGAGAGCUGGACCGUGAGCGACAGAAGCUAGAGACCCAGGAGAAGAAAAUCAUUGCGGACAUCAAGAAGAUGGCCAAGCAGGGCCAGAUGGAUGCUGUGCGCAUCAUGGCAAAAGACCUGGUGCGCACACGGCGCUACGUGCGCAAAUUUGUACUGAUGCGGGCCAACAUCCAGGCUGUCUCUCUCAAGAUCCAGACACUCAAGUCUAACAACUCAAUGGCACAAGCCAUGAAGGGCGUCACCAAGGCCAUGGGCACCAUGAACAGACAGCUGAAGCUGCCCCAGAUCCAGAAGAUCAUGAUGGAGUUUGAACGGCAGGCAGAGAUCAUGGACAUGAAGGAGGAGAUGAUGAACGAUGCCAUUGAUGAUGCUAUGGGUGAUGAGGAAGAUGAAGAGGAGAGUGAUGCUGUCGUGUCCCAGGUCCUAGAUGAGCUAGGACUGAGCCUGACAGAUGAGCUGUCAAACCUCCCUUCCACUGGAGGCUCACUUAGUGUGGCUGCCAGUGGGAAGAAAGCAGAGGCCGCAGCAUCAGCCCUAGUCGAUGCUGAUGCAGACCUGGAGGAGCGGCUGAAGAACUUGCGGAGGGACUGACCACUCCAUGCCACCCCAGGAGACCAGUGGAUGCCCACCCAGCAUUUUCACUGUCUCCUUCCUGUAAUAAAAAGAGAUUGGACACUA